AUGAGAAUUUUCGUUUUCUUUUUUCUUGGACAAUUUGAAUCGAAGCCUCAAGACCAUCUUAGAGAGGAGUUUUGUCAAGAUCGGGAAUUGUAUGAUGAGUGUGUAACAUCAUGUCGGCUUAACUACCUUGGGUGUCUUGCAAGUUGUGAUAGCGCAAGCUGUAACAGCUUCUGCCUUUCCACCUUUUCAAAUUGCGAGGCAUACUGUCCCUGUGGUCAAAAUUGUCUUGUUGGAUGCAAAGGCUGCGAAAAUGAGAUUUGCUCGCGAUGCGAUAACGCUGAGGAAGAUAACGAAGAGUACAAAACUUGUCGGGAUAAUGCCAUAUUGGAUCAUAAUGAAUGUAUGAAAGGAUGCCCACCAUUCAUUUCAUGCUAUGAAGAUUGCCAAAAUAUUGAGAUUGCUCAAAUGCGAGAAUGCCCUUGCGUAAGUUCAACUUCUUCAUCAACAACUUCGUCAACCUCCGCAAUAACGACUUCAACUACACCUCCUUACGUCACUUACACGACAUGGUUUAAUGGGUCUACUGAAGGAUGCGUUAAUUUUUGCGAGAAUAUUAAAGCAGGUGACUGUACUGGUGGCAUAAAUUAUGGCAGGACUUGUCCAGGGUGGCCUCAGGAUUGCUUUACUUGUGGCGAAGAUUGCUACUUCAAUGAGAGUAUUGGACCAAGAAAUUGCAUGGAAUUUUUGGCAGACAAUCCUGAUUCUUACAACAGAACAGUAUGCGACAAUCUCAGUUGUUGGGAUUGA